CUUUUCUCUUGUGUACUUCCUCCAUGCAGUGGUGUGGAGGCCAAGAUGUCAUCGAAGAUGCCAAGCUCUAACAACAUAACUCAGGCCAGGAGGACAGUACAACAGCUAAAGAUAGAGGCCAGUAUUGAGAGGAUAAAGGUACGGCAUGCUGAAAGUAGAAAGCAGUGCUGAGUAACAAAGUAGAUUUUACUGGUCCUUACCUAAAUGUCUCCCUAAAUGCACACCGACUUGCUACUAAGGAUAGCCCAAUGAUCUGUUGUUAGUGUGUGUGUGUCUGUGUAUGCACGUGUAUGUGUGCUUGGGAGUCUGCAUUAGGCUUGGGCGGUAUCAAGAUUGUCAUACCUUCAUACUGACCUUGUGCAAUACUUGAGUCACUGAAUACAAGGGUCACUUUUUUCAAACCCCACUGAUCCUCUGUAAUCCGAAGGUUAGCAAUGCUAACAAGUACAUGUACAAACCCAUAGGGAAUGCUAACUAAAUGCUAACAAGCGCAAUGCGAACAUUUUAUACAGUCUCUGACCUAAAGUAUUUGCAGGACAGACAUCCCAGCUCCUAAAGCUAUACAAGUAACAAAAAAAUGCAACCACAGUUUACUGCAUGCACAAAACAAAUAUUAGACAGGAAGGCUCUUGAUCCAGGAGCGGUAUCUCUGCUGUUACCAAACGAAGCUUGAUUUUGGAAGAAGCUAACCACUUAGCUAAAUUGCUAACUAGCUACUAAAUUACCAAACCAAAUGCACAACUGCAGAGCAUUUAAAACAUUUUCGAAGGUUAACUUAAUAAUUAUAAGAUAUCUAACUGGCAAACAUUUAGUUGUGAAUUCCAUACUGUAACUAGAUCACCUGGCGCGUGCUGCACAACAGUGAGUGACUCGCAAGGCUCCAGUCUAUCAUCAUUGUGUGCUUGUAUACAAACACCACAUGACUUGGGACUACCGGUAAGCUUUAUAAUGAAAAAUUAUUUGACAGGUGAAAUAAAGAACACAAUCUUCAUCUCCUAACGUAUUGCACAAGUUGACUGCAGGUAUUUACUUAAAAGGUAGCUACAAAUAUUAUUAUUAUUUUAUUUUUUUAAACAAACAAAUAAAUCGUUUUGAUGGUAUUGAAAAACCAUCCUGUGGCUAUUUCCAAAUACCCCGGUAUAUGGUAUAUAUGGUAUGCCACCCAAGCAUAGUGUGCAUACAUGUAUGAGUGUGAGCAUACAGACUCCCGUGUGAGCAGAACCCUCUCACCCACACACUCAUGCACACUCUCUCAUAUCUCCUGUAGGUAUCCAAGGCCUCAGCGGACCUCAUGCACUACUGUGGCGAACAUGCCAAGUACGACCCUCUGCUCAUGGGCAUACCUGCCUCAGAGAACCCCUUCAAGGACAAAAAGCCCUGCACUAUAUUGUAA